AUGGCACAUCCAACCUCCCGUCUGCUCUCCCGCAGAGUCUGCCAACAAUUUGCUCCCAUCCGCAAGCCCAUUUCUCCAAUCUUCCGCAAUCUAAGAGCGCCUGCAACUCGACGUGGCUACGCAUCUGGCGAAAAGGGUCCAAAUCCAAUACCAGGUCAAAGUCCCUUGAAAAUAUGGCCAUACGUUGCUAUCACGUUGAUGGGUUCUGGAGCUUAUGCCCUUAUGGUGAACAGCCGAAAAGGUACGUUUCAUCAUUCUUUGGCGUUGAAGUUGAGCUUCAAUGGGAGACAUUCAUAAGCUGUGUGAAUGGAGCUUGGGGGGAGCUUAGAACUUGAAAGCCGCUUUAAGAGACGAUGACGAAGGCGGAUUUCACCAAGUACAACUCAAGCCACCCCGCCAUGAAUUCCCUCUCUCCCCAAUACCUCAAACACCGCUGACAAAAUUACCCUACAACCAGAAAUGGAGCCUGGCACACAAAUCGCAGCUCCUAAGAAAGACACCCCUACCUUCUCCCCCCAAGAAGUCACCGUCCUCUUCGUCCUCGGCGGACCAGGCGCAGGCAAAGGCACACAAUGCGCCAACCUCGUCCGAGACUACAACUUCACCCACCUCUCCGCUGGCGACUUACUACGCGCAGAACAAGAGCGACCGGGGUCAGAGUUUGGAGAUUUGAUCAAAGAAUACAUUCGCGACGGCAAGAUCGUACCUAUGGAGGUGACCGUACAACUUCUCGAGAACGCCAUGAAGGAGCAGGUAGAAAAUGACGGGAGUGGGAAGGGCAAAUUCUUGAUUGAUGGUUUUCCAAGACAGAUGGAUCAAGCGCUCAAGUUUGAGGAGACCGUUUGCCAGGGUAAAUUCGUGUUGUUCUUUGAUUGCCCAGAGAAGGAAAUGGAAAGACGGUUGUUGGAUCGUGGAAAGACCAGUGGAAGAUCGGACGACAAUGCUGAAAGCAUCAAGAAGAGAUUCAGAACUUUUGUUGAGACGAGUAUGCCUGUUGUGGAUUAUUUCGAGAGCCAGGGACGUGUCGUCCGAGUAGUCGCUACUAAGACCCCCGACCAAGUUUACAAAGAGACGAGCGAAAAGUUGGAGCAGAGAUUAGGGAAGCAAUUUUGA